ACUGCGCUAGUGUGACGAACCUGGCUUUUGGGCUUGGCUUCGCGGUGGGAAAAGUUAAUUGCAAUGCAACUUUAUUGAAAAUUACUGUUCUAGUUGGCAUCCGAUUUGUAAUAAUCCAAGAUGCCACUUUGGGGUAAAUCCCAGAAGAACCCUGUUGAUGUGGUCAAGGCCAUAAAAGAGGGCCUUGUGGCUUUGGAGAGAGGAGACAAGAAGUCAGAAAAGGCAUUGGAAGAUGUCAGCAAGAACUUGGGCUAUGCCAAGACCAUGCUGUUUGGAUCUGCAGAGCAGGAGGCUCAGUCUGACUACCAGCUGGCCAGCCUGGCGCAAGAGAUGUAUAAUGCCAACCUGCUGUUCCUGCUCAUCAGUAACCUGAGCAAAAUAGAUUUUGAGGGCAAAAAGGACGUGACUCACAUCUUCAACAACAUCCUGCGGCGCCAGAUUGGCACCCGCUCGCCCACGGUCGAGUACAUCUGCACCAAGACCGAGAUCCUGUUCACUCUCAUGAAAGGGUACGAACACCAGGAGGUGGCUCUCCACUGCGGGUCGAUGCUCCGCGAGUGCUGCCGCUACGAGCCGCUCGCCAAGACAAUGCUGCACUCGGAGGAGUUCUACAAGUUCUUCACCUACGUCGAAGUGUCGAACUUCGACAUUGCCUCAGACGCCUUUUCCACAUUCAAGGAGCUGCUAACCAAACACAAGAUGCUGUGCUCGGAGUUUCUGGAGCAGAACUACGACCGCGUGUUCGACCAGCACUACAAGCAGCUGCUGCACUCUGAGAACUACGUGACGCGCCGGCAGUCGCUGAAACUGCUGGGCGAGCUCCUGCUCGACCGGCACAACUUCACCGUCAUGACCAAGUACAUCUCCAGCCCCGACAACCUGAAGCUGAUGAUGAACAUGCUCAGGGAGCGAUCCAGAAAUAUCCAGUUCGAGGCCUUCCAUGUGUUCAAGGUGUUCGUGGCGAACCCGAACAAGCCCAAGCCGAUCCUGGACAUUUUGAUACGAAACCAGGAGCGACUAGUCGACUUCCUGACGCGCUUCCAUACAGACCGCAGCGAGGACGAGCAGUUUAACGACGAGAAGGCCUACCUGAUCAAACAGAUCAAGGAACUGAAGCCGCCGGCGGCCGUGACGGACCAAUAGCGGCCGGGGGGCCGGCGCGGAGCGGGCGGGGACGGGUGGGCGGCGGCGACAGUGCCGCUCUCUGGCGGCACGCGGCGCGCAGAGAGUGAUGUGCAAUCGUGAGGCGCCGGCAGCGCGGGCGGAGUGCCGUCCGCGCGGCGAGCGCCGGCGCGGUCAGGGUGACGAGCCGGGAGUAGUUUUAACUUGAGAGCCUCGCGUAUGAUCACUAUGUGAACGGUAAUUACUGAUCUGCCUGUGGAGAUGGGCCAACCAUUGCCUUGCCGUUCUGGUAUUACUUGGUAUAUGUUUUUUUUUUAAUAUCGGUGAUA